CACUCACCAGACUACUCCGGGAUGCCACUGGAUAAAAAGCAAGCAACCCCAUGCACUCGGGAUCAGAGAAACGUACCAAGCAAAUGUCGCUAUGUUAAAAAACUGUCUGGCGUCUUUCCUUUUCAAACACGACCUCAGCCUCCUACGUGGUUCAGCACAGAUGUGUCAACCAAACACCACGUGGAGCAUUGAGAAAGUGCCACAAAUGCGUUGUUUUUCCAUCAACUAUUUUCGAUUGCUUUCAUUAUUUGUUCAUCCACAGCCACAGCGUCUGCAAAGCCUCCUCUUCCAAUUAGUAGUUUUGUUCUGCAGUUUUGGCUUUCUUAACGCGUUAAGUAUUUCCACACAUAAACGUACCGGUUUUGAAAAUGACACAUAUUGACCACACCUUGCAACGAAAAGCGUAUUAUGGCAAUUAUGUUGGCAGUUACGAGUUAACGCAGAUAAGAUAUACGUCACUUGAAGUGUCUUUUGUUAUAAAUGGUGUGAUAUACUGAGGCUCUGUCACCUUUCAACCUGAAGGCGAAUAUACAUUAGCAUUUUUCUGGGAACCUCCACGCAUGCCUAUUAGACGUCAGUCCGCAUACUGCUGAAUAAGCACGCGUAUACCCGAGGUACUUUCGCCUUCAUGGUUCCCACCCCGUGCUUUCCUGUAAGCAGUUUCUCGGACAAUGAAGGGGCCUGUAAGCACCUCUCGCUUCAGAGCUGACUUCGUUCCGUGUGGCGGGCUUCUUCUUCCUCGCCCUGCCCUACGUGGCAUCGCCUGCAUCUGCACUGUCACCCUGUUCCCCGCAUGUGCAUGCUUAUUGCUCUGUUACUGGCAGCACCGCAUCUCAUCGCUCGUCUUGGCGUCCUCUGCUGCUUUCCAACAUAGAGAAGAUCCACUGUACCCAAGGCGACUCUUUGGGAGGCGAGAUGAUUCUGAUGACGGCGAAAACGAAUGGCCUUCAGACACCGGCCAUAAUAGGCACCGGUGGCCAGAAGGCACCGAAUUGUGGGGACCUCCCCCUAGCCCACUUUAUGCACCCUCAGGCGGCUCUGAUGACGAAGAGGAAGUGUUGAUAGUGCGAGGAAGACCUAGCGCUCCUCACAUGAGCAGCGCUGGCGGCGUUGCUGCAGGAGGCUUCGCCCGCGGGUCCUCUUCCAGACGGGCACGGUCUCGAAUUCCUUCGCAUUCUUUCUGGGGAGAUGAAGACAGACGUCAUACACACUUCAUGGGAGGGUCUGCAACAAGCACCGGUGAAGGAGAUUCUCGAGGCAUUCAUGGCCCCUGUGUGCAUGAUGUGCUAGGUAUGGGGGGUGCCGCAGACCGUCGCGGCGAUUUUAAACAGAGAGCUUCAGGUAUGAAUGGAGAAUUCGACCCUGGCAUCGCAGAUGCUCAGACCUUCCAGCAGAGGCUGUUCCAACAACAACAGCAGAUGCUUCCCCCUUGGAACCCCGAAGAUGGCACUAAGAACACUCCGGGCACCAUUAUUCCUCUCAAUGUGGUGCCUCAACCGCACCCACAAGACCUUGGGCACCCGAUUCCCCAGCCAAUAUUUCUUGUUCCUGCUCAGUACGCUUCAAUACGGCAUUUGGAUCCACAGCCAGGUCUUGGUAGUGGAAUCAAGGUGCUUCUUGCAAUCCCUCCAAUUAUUUUACUCGCAUUUGCUGCCGCAUUCACUGUGCGCGCAAUCCAAAUUGUGACGGCACAAAACAUGAGUACUGCGGAAGACAGAGACGAAGGAGAAUAUUCACACAGAGAAAGGGACGGACGAGGGCAACUCAAACACAACCAACUACAAGAAGAGGAUGGCGGUCCUGGUGGUUUGCUGGCAGCGCUUUGGGGAAGGAGAGGAAAAACUAAAAGAAGACGUAUGAUACGGAGGAGAAAUGAUAGGCGAAGGCGUCGAAGGAGGGCAAUGCGAACGCUACCCGCGCCCCAUCUACGCACGGUGGGGUCCACAAGAUUUCACCGCGAAGUAGAGAAUAAGACAGACCAAGCAAAUAUUCCCACUCCAGCAGCAGUUGAAAGGCCGUAGAUCGCAUGUGUCUGCAAACGUAUCAGUCUGUUGUUCCUUUACCUCCUCUCUUUUUGGCUUUCCUAAGAGGCGUCGUGGAACAAAAACGAGUCUGUUUGAUUAUUCUUCUUCAGGGCAACUAGGCAGCAUCAGAAAUCUUAGGAUCGCCCAUGCGCUAUUUGUUGUUCGGCUAUGCAAGUCGCACAGCAGAGCAACACUUCCGUCGCUUCCGUGUGUGUCCACUCUUAAACGGAAUAGAGAAAUGCGUCCUGCUAUCAACGGCGGCAUCUACUGGUGAGCACACAUCCAAACCGUUUCACGUGGUACUGUGGUCGGAUUCUGCGAGUGGAGUUGAACAGGGGCAAUCGUUGUUAGGUUCAGCGGAACUGCAGUAAACGACGGGGUAUCACGUUUAUUUCGGAGAGUUUGGCAGGCUUCCGUACGCUACUCCCAUUCCAGGUGUUUCACCUUAACUGGGACAAUACGUGUGCGACGGUCUUAGGCGAUAGGAAGUGACCCUGCUGGAGCUGUUGGCUGUGCUCGUGUUCCCCAUUCGCCGUCAGAUCCUAUUGGGCGCGUUCUUACUUUCUAUGCUUCGUCUUGGUGUCAAAGCAUGUAGAUACAAUCACUUGUAUCGCCGAAUAAUCAGUCUUGCAGUCCUUGUCUGUUCACAAAGCGGUGACAGAAGAGUGUUAGUUUUUCCGAAUUACAUAUUUCUCGUGUAAUGCGGAAGAUUGUGCCAAGCCAUUAUGGUGAACUUUGCACCUUGGAGCCGAAAAUGACUCUUACAAAGUUGAGUACGGAUCUAAAGAAGCUACACAUAAAGUCGAUUCGUACGGUACCGUUGAGGCAUACACGGUCGCAUGAAAUGGAAUGAUCGGCCAGGCGCGCCGAAAAAAAUCUAUCUGACGGAAACGUCAUGCCAUUCCUCCUAUACCGUGCUGUACAUACGUGGACGUAACAUGAUGCGAGAGUUGCUAGCACUGAUAUCUGAGGCACUUCAUUGUUAGCAAAGGGACACACAGCCUUUUCAUGCAACAGGGAAACGCCCUUCCGAAACAACAGAGCUGACAAGUAGAAGCUUGAUCCGGACGAGGCUACGUCGAGACAUUGACCCACAAAAGGGGGGGAAAGAAGAGAAAACAAGAGAUCGAGACAUGUUCUGCUAUUUAGGCUGGAGGAUCUACAAGGAAUGAAUACAGUAUGCGCUGACAAAACGGUUCUAGGCACAACGUGCGACCGCGCAGAAGCCCUAGCACGGCCAACGCAACUUUAGUACGAGUAAGCGGCCGACACUCUCGAAUUCAGCAAGUCCGGAAAAUAUUUAUGAGCAAUCUGUUUACGAUUACCGAUGAGCGCACGAACGGGCAACAUGAGAGUGAGUUGUAAUAAUCCAUUCCAUACAAUAGUGUGAAACGAAGCCAGGCAUUUGUUGCCUCGAGCUAUAACAGAAGUUUGCAGUUUCCUCUACCCCAGAGGACAGCCGGCCAUUAUAAUACCAAGAAUGUUACCUCUAAGGUCGAG